AUGCUUCGCACAAAUAUGUCAAUAGUUAAUCUUAACCAUCAAUAGAGUUCGAGCUCUCUAUUAUAAGCAUUAGUAAAUUAGAGACCAAAAUCCUCAUAAAAAUCAAAUUCACAAAAAAGAGUGCCUUCUGCUAAAUCUACCAAAACAAACCAAAAUGGUCAACCUAGUUAUAAGGUACUAUAUAAUUUUAAUUAAAUUUAGCUGGUAACUUCUUCUCUAUGUUAGCCUAUACCAAAUUAAAAACAAGAAGUAUCUCAACGAACCAAUGAGACUUUAAAGCCAACGUAAAAUUUCUUAUCAUUUUUAGUGAUAAUUCUACAACUGAACCACUAUAAUCAUAAAGAAUUUAAGAGCAAUAAAGUGAAAAGAAAACUAAUAAAAAAACAUCUUUAAUAUAAAGGACUAUAUUUGGAUAAAGUGCGGCAUCUUUGGGCAUUAAAUAAAAGACAGUUAAAUUGACAAGAGAAUCAAGAAGUAAUAGCAAAAAAGAAGUGCAUUAAUUAAUUAUUGAAGAAUAAACAUAACAAUAGUAAGUUACAUAAGAAGUAGAAAAUGCAGAAGCUACUUAAAAAUUAGAAUAAUUAAUAUCAAAAUACAAAAACACAUCAUUUUUUAAUUAAAGUUCUUAAUAAAAUUAGUAGCAAACCUAACAAUAAAGUCCUUAGAUUGUUUUAAGUGUUUAGUAACCUAAAGAAAUUUAAUCUCUUGCAACAACAUAAUAAACCUUAUUGUCAUAAGCAUCAUAAGCAGUCUUACAAGAAUAAGAUUAAAAUGUUAAUGCAGCCUUCUCUUAAUCAAACAGUUUAUAAGUUAAUUAAACUUCAAUAAAUAAAUAUGUAACAAGAAUCUCAAGAGGAGCAAAUUUCAUUCCAUAAAAAUAGAAUUCACAGUCUGUUAAUACAUCAGUUAAUGCAAAACCCAAUAGAAAAAGGAUGAACUCUCCCUUACAUGGUUAAAAAAGGGCAAAGGAAAAUUCUAUUGUUUCAGAAUCAUUAGUAAGUCAUAGAGAAUCAAAAUCGAAACUUAGAAAUUUGUCAGGGGAUAGAAAAUUUGCACCAGUAUAAAAGAUUAGCAUAGGACCAUAGGCACCAUUUUAAGAAUUUUAAUAUUAUAUGUCAUUUGCUAGAUUUUUUCAUAAAGAGAAAAAAUUUGAAACCUAAAUAAAAUAAUUAUUUAAUAAUAGUCUUAAAACAUAAUAAUACUUUUGCGAAAUUUAUUUAGACCAUAUUUAAUAAAGUUUUCAUGCCCUAUAGUUUUGUAAGGAUGCUUAAAAACCUAAAUUAGAAGAGAUAAAAUAGAAAAUAGUAAAUUUACCUCCAAAUAAAUGUAUAUAUUUAAAUAUUUAAAUAGUUGCUAAAAGUAUAGUGUUUGAUUUAGAUGAAACACUAAUCCAUUGUUAAGAAUCAAAUGAUGAUCCAAGUGAUAUAGUCUUAACAAUAAAAUUUCCUACAGGAGAAACUGUGGAAGCUGGGAUUAAUAUUAGACCAUAUUGUAGAGAGAUGCUUCAACUUCUAUCAUAAAAAUAUGAAAUAAUUGUAUUUACAGCUUCACAUGAAUGCUAUGCCUAAAAGGUACUAAACUAUUUGGAUCCCGAUAAAAAAUUUAUUCAUCAUAGAUUUUUCAGAGAUAGUUGUGUUGUUAUUUAAGAUGGAUUACAUGUCAAAGAUUUAAGAAUUAUAGGGAAUAGAAAUUUAAAAGAUAUGGUAUUAAUAGAUAAUGCAUCAUACUCUUUUUGCUUUUAAUUAGAAAAUGGUAUUCCAAUAAUACCAUUUUACGACAACGCUUUAGAUAAAGAACUACUAUAUUUAACAACAUAUUUGAUGGAUUUAAUGUAGGAUCAAGAUAUUCCUUAAAAGAACUCUAACAAUUUCAAGACAUAAUUUUACCAAUAAGAUAUUACUUUUGAAUCAUUAAUUACAAAACUAUGA